AUGUCGAAAGAACCUUUAUUGUCAUCAAAUGAUGAUGGGAAUCCCUCUCAAAACCCGGAGUCGGAUAGUUGUAAGGGCGUGCUUGGAAUAUUUUAAAACUGAUAUUUCAAAGAAUCGCUUUUUCAUUAAUUUAAUUUUGUAUAUUUUCAGUCCUCCAGUCCAUCGAAAAAGGUCGGACCUUAUCAUGGAAUGGGAUUACAGUACGAGUACCUGAUCUGAAGGGGAAAAAGGGCGGGUUAUUGGAUUGUUUCAAACGAGGGAAAAAAGAUCUGCAGUAUAGGACGGUCCUCAGAGAUGGUGAGUUUAAUCACUGCCAUAUCUUAUAUCUGAUAUAAAGUUGAAUUAAAAGUCACCCGUAUUUUAGUUUACGGAGUGGCCAAAGCUGGAGAAAUGGUCGCCAUAAUGGGAGGGAGGUACGGGUCUCUAUUAAACAUGGAUAGUAUUGCUUUAGUGGUGCGGGCAAGACAACUCUGAUGAAUCAAUUUGUGAAUAUCGAGCAGAAGGAUAUCGAGAGAUCUGGGGAGAUCAGAGUAAAUGGGCAGGUCCUAUCUGCCAGUCAGAUGCGUCGAAUCAGCGCUUAUGUCCAACAACAUGACGUGUUUGUGGGGAGUCUUACGGUAAAAGAACAGCUAAUGUUCUCAGCCAGAUUGAGAAUGGGAAAGACAAAAAGUAAGGUUGACCGGCAGGAAAAGGUCGAUCAACUUAUUCAUGAUGUGAGUUACAGUUAUUCCCGGUUUUUAUAUUGUCGUAAUCAACCGAUGAGAAUUUAGGACUCUUGUUUCAGUUGAACUUGAUCGAUUGUCAAAAUACAGUGAUCGGAAUCCCCGGCCAAGUGAAGGGGAUCUCGGUGGGAGAAAAGAAAAGAUUGGCGUUUGCCUGCGAACUUCUGAACGAUCCUUCCAUCUUGUUUUGCGACGAGCCGACCUCUGGGUUGGACUCUUUUAUGUCCGAACAAGUCAUCUCUGCCCUCAGGAAGUUUACCUCGGAAACACAUAAAACAGUCGUCUUGACGAUCCAUCAGCCAUCCGAUGAGGUUUUCAAACUUUUUGAUAAGUAAGUUGAUGAUGUAAUUUCUAUGUUUUCUUUUUCAGAGUUUGUUUCAUGGCCCUAGGACAAGUCGCAUUCUUUGGGGAGCCUAGCCAAGUAUGCAAAUUUUGGGUUUCAAUUGCACCAGGGUUUGAAAAGUUGAAGCGAGAGCGACAAUUAAAGGCUGCCGUGUGUGAUUUGGUGCAAGGGGAAGAAGAACUCUUAUGUCCUGACUUCCAUGGGCCUGCAGAACACUCCAUCAGAAUGCUGUCCAAACUCUGUGAUGAUCAGGAACUCAAUGACAUCAGAAUUAAUGUAAGUAUUGACGGAUGAUGAUGUAAUUGCUGAUAAUUAUUUUAUUACAGUAUAUUCGGGAGAGAUUUGAAGCUACAGAUGUGGGAAAAAAGUUGAAGAAAAGGGCGAAAGAAGCUGGAGAAUUGGAAGGAGACAAGAGUCGAGAGAUUCAUGAUGGACAUAGGUGAGGGUUACGGUGUCCAGAUGGACAAUAUCGCAUUUUCAGUUAUGCAGCGAGUUGGUUUACCCAAGUCUUUGUCUUAUUCCAACGGUCAUUCCUUACAACUCUGAGAGAUCCCAUUCUGUUGAAAGUCAGGCUCUUUCAAGUUUUGGUAAGGACAAAAAACAUGAUUUUAGGUCGUGGAUAGCAUGAAUUGAUAAACUAAUAUUAGGUUACGGCCACAGUGAUUGGCAUCGUGAACUGGCAAACGGAAGUGACCGGAUCGACAGUCACCAAUCUGGAGGGUAUACUGUAUAAUUGCCCUAGAGACAUGAACUUUAUGUUUCUUUUUCCAUCCAUUAAUGUGAUCACAAGUGAAUUGCCGAUUAUGAAAAGGGAACAUCGAGGUGGAAUCUACAGUGUCAGUGCUUACUAUAUGGCCAAGAGCUUGGCCGAACUUCCUCAAUACACAGCGCUGCCGGUGCUUUAUUCGAUCAUCGUUUAUUGGAUGAGUGGAUUGGUCAGACAGGGGGUCAAGUUCAUGAUAUUCUCAGCAAUGAACACAUUACUGGCUUGGACAGCGAUCUCUAUUGGUGAGGAGUUUGGAGUGCUGGAUCCAUUGUAAAGCUUUCUUUUUAUAUUACACUUGAUACUUUGACAUUUUUUUCAGCUUAUGCUGGAGCCUGUUUAUUCGGAGUAGAAGACGUCGCUCAAACUUACAUGCCAAUAAUUAUUCUCCCACUACUUGUUUUUGGUGGUUUCUACAUUAACUUUGGAUCGAUUCCAGUCUACUUCAAAUGGCUCUCCUUUGCUUCUUGGUUUAGAUAUGGAUUCGAAGGUCUACAGAUCAAUCAAUGGAGUGAUUUCGGAGAAAUUGGAGGUGGGAUAGUCAUCGUAGAUACUUAAUACUGUUGAAAAAAUUUCAUAAUGCUUUUUUAACAAUUCAGAUUGUGCCCAUCGCAGUGCGGCCGAUCUUCUAAAUCAAUCUGGUGAUGAUUUCUGUCCCGCCACCGACGGAAUCGACCUUCUCCAUCGCCGAGAUAUGGACGAAAACAACCUUUAUCUCGACUUUGGAGCCAUGUUCCUCAUUAUGCUCAUCGCCAGAACCAUUGGCCUCGUCGCUCUUCAGCUGAGAAUGAGAUUUUUGAAAUGA